CGAUGAAAAGCUGCAUGUUACUUGCGGCGAAGGCGAACUGGACGUAUUGCCGAUUGCGUUGAAUCCAUCGAUUCGCCGGUUGGUUAUCAAAUUCCAUCGAAUCCGGUCGAUCGAUUCGUCGAUUCAAUUCUACACCGAACUGACCAUGCUGGACCUAAGCUACAAUCAUCUGCUGAGCAUUCCGCAGGAAAUUUUUAUGUAUCAGAAAAAGUUACUACAGUUGCACUUAAAUAACAAUAAAAUUGGAUUAUUGAGCAAUAAAACAUUCACGGGACUUACCGAGCUGCGAGUUCUGAAUCUCCGAGGAAACUUUAUCGACCAGGUCACUAGCGAAAUGUUCGGCACUUUGCCGAAGCUGGAGGAAUUGAACCUUGGAGGUAAUCGGAUUAGCGAGCUGGAUGCGAGAGCUUUCGAAGGAUUGACUGAGCUAAGAGUGCUGUAUCUGGAUGAUAACGCUAUCAAGACCAUUCCGACUCUGUCGUUGACACCUUUGAAAACACUCGCCGAGCUGUACAUGGGAACUAACUCACUGUACAAGAUCCAGCCCGGUGCAUUCGUGGGGUUGCAGUCCCUACGUCGACUGGACAUCCAUGGUUCAAUGUUGGUGAACAUUACCACUGACACUUUCCGUGGAUUGGACAAUAUUCGUAUGCUGGAUUUGUCGGAUAAUCAUCUCCUGAAGGUUCCAACCGUUCAGCUCAGCAGUCUAAAACGAUUGGAAGAACUGACGAUUGGGCAAAAUGAUUUUGAAACCAUUGCCGAGGGAGCUUUCUUUGGCUUGAACAACCUCAAGAGCAUUGAUAUUUCGGGAGCUCUGAACUUGAGACGAAUCCAAUCAGGUGCAUUUUCUGCAAAUCCAAAUCUGGAAGCAAUAACCAUUGCCUCAAACAAGGAACUACAAGAGAUCGAUGACGGUGCUUUCUCCGGACUGCCACAUAUCAAGAAAGUCAUUUUGCGAGACAACAAAAUUACCACAUUCAGAGAAGAGCUACUCCCAUGGAAGCACCUAAAUGAUUUCGAUCUAUCCGAAAACCCGCUGUCGUGUGACUGCCAGGUGCUGUGGUUACGCAAUCUCCUGCACAGGAAAAACAUCGAAACCGAGGAAGCCCAGAUUGUGUGCGUUUAUCCCGAGCGGCUACACGGGGAGCCACUUCGCGAGAUAUCACCGGAAAUUUUAGGCUGUCAACACCUGCAGUCUAAGGAACGUGCAAUUUUUGGCGCCAUAAUCGUCGCUUCCGCUGCAACUGUCACUACAUUUGUGCUGAUCGUGUACCGACUUCGGCAUCGUAUCCUCGAUAUUUUCCGCCGCCACUGGGGCACUACGAAGCGAGACACUCUGCAGGAGGAAAAGGAUAUGGAAAUCCAAAAGUCGCUGGGUGGUGAAGCGGAGUAUCAUCAACCGCAUUGCAAUAUCUACACCUACAACUACCACCCGGUGUUCAGGAAUCUUCACCAGCAGCAACAUCCAGCAUCGAUGUAUGCCGGCCAGUAUACGCUGCCCUUCCCUCACUACCAACCGCACGGAAGCUCCCAUCAGUUGCAGCAGCAGCCGCUACCGCAGACACCCGGAACGGUGUCCACGUUGGGUCAUCCCUCUAGUGGCAGCAGCUCGCUAGUGGCUACUCAACCGCAAAAAUCCGCCAUCUACUCAUCGCAGUACGCCCAUCACAUAUACGAAGUGCCGAAAAAUGUGUCGGACACCUAG